AUAAAAUAUUUUAAUCAAAAACAAAUUAGUUAGUUAGUUAGUUUCUUUUUUUAGAUUUUCGAUAUUGUUUUAAAUAAUGUUUCUUGAUAAUAAAACAAGGCAUUAUUCUUGCGUAUUGUGCAUCGUCUCUCUACAGAAGUUGAGUAUUUUCAACCCAGAGUAGAUGCAACCGGACGAUCAAGUCUAACUCCGCUCCAAAAAUGUACCGCAGCAAUUCGUCAAUUGGCGUAUGGUGGUGGGUCUGACACAGUUGACGAAUAUGUCCGAAUUGGUGAAACAACAGCUCGAAGAAGUUUGCACAAUUUUGCCGCGGGAAUAAUCAAUUUGUUUGGCGAUGAAUACCUAAGACGUCACAUACCGGAGGAUCUGCAAAGACUACUAUAUAUUGGAGAACAACGUGGGUUUCCAGGGAUGAUUGGAAGCAUCGACUGUAUGCAUUGGGAGUGGAAGAAUUGCCCCACGGCUUGGAAAGGAAUGUAUUCAGGAGGAACCGGAAAACCAACGAUUGUCUUAGAGGCGGUAGCUUCAUAUGACCUCUGGAUAUGGCACGCGUUUUUUUGAGCUCCAGGUACUAUGAACGAUCUUAAUAUUCUCGAUCGAUCACCCGUUUUUGAUGACAUUAUUAACGGAAUAGCGCCACAAGUUAACUUCUAUGUUAAUGGUAAUCCAUACCAUUUGACAUAUUAUCUCACGGAUGGUAUUUAUCCGAAAUGGGCUACUUUUAUUCAAUCUAUCCGACUACCACAAGGUCAGAAGCAUUCAUUAUUUGCUCAAACCCAAGAAGCUAUGCGAAAAGAUGUCGAGCGUGCCUUCGGAGUCCUACAAGCUAGGUUUGCCGUUGUUAGAAAUCCAUCUAAUAUAUGGGAUAAAAAAAUAGGAAAUAUUAUGAGAGCAUGUAUCAUACUCCAUAAUAUGAUUGUCGAAGAUGAACGAUCAUCAGGAACUGAGGACAACGUUCAUGAAUUUGAAGAAAGAGAAGAGGUGGCUACAUUUUCCGUCAAUAUGCCUUCACCUAUCGUGAGUACAAUUGAUCGUCGAACGAGCGUUCGGAAUAGACAAGUCCAUGAACAUUUAAAAAAUGAUUUGAUUGAAAAUAUAUGGGCUAAAUUUGGACAUCUUACACAUAACAUAUAAUUUAUAAGUUUCUAUUUGUAUUGGAAUAAAUGUUUGUGUGUGUUUUUUUUAUUAUGAUGUUUGAUAUUAUUAUUUUUUCAACGUUGUAAUUUUCUUAAGAUUUCAAUUUUAAUGUUAAACUUCUCUUUUAUAUGUUUUAUUUAAAACUUCUUUUUAUAUGUUAUUCAUUAUUAAAAUAAUAAAUUAAUUAAAUAAUAACCUAAGGGACCACCAAAUUUUUCAAUGUCCAUAUCUCAAGUCCCUUAACAUAUAACCUUAUUAAAAAAUACUAAGGGCUUGUGGGUUGAGUCCCACCGAUACCAAUGCCCUUAGGAGUGGGCUUUUAUGGGCAUCCCGAACAAAUAACCAAUAGAAAAAAAUACUUUUAAGAAGGAAACAAAUCUCUACCAAAGAACAAUUAAACAUACCUUCAAACGUUUCAGCGCGUAGGUAGAUUCAUUGAUCUCCUUCUAGCCUCUACUGGUACCAGAUUCUUCCCUUCAUCGUUUUCACCGAAUCAUGUUUGUUUGUUUCACCGAUUAUUGCGUCUUUAAUUGGCUUGGUUCCUGGGUGGAUCUAUAGUGUUAUUGCCUUUUGAUCUGAUCCAUGCACACCCCUUUUAUCUUUGGUCUGAUCCAUGCACAUCUCUUCUUGGUUUUGCUUCUUUCCGACUGAUAAAGUUAGACCAUCAUUAUCGGGAGAUCUUAGGAGUGUCUCUUAGGUUAAUUGUCAUUAAAAAUAAAUCAAAAAUAGCUGUUAUUAGAAAAAACGUCUCUUAAUUAGCGACAAAAAGAAACGUUUCUUAGAGACACGUGUCUCACAGGAAGGAGUUUGCCUUCUUCUCUCCACAUCUCUCUCUCGACUGGAAUUGAUCGACUUUCUUCUUCAUCGAUUGUAGAUCCUUCUGUUUCCCUCGUAGAUCUUCUCCUCUCUCUGUUUUCCUCGCUUGAGACCGGUGGUGUUCGAUUUGAAGGACUUUGGAGGUGUCGGCGAUGGGGUCACGGACUCACGGUUGACACCGAGGCGUUUGAGAGAGCGGUUGUGGAGAUCUCGAAGCAUGGGGGAAGCAGCGGUGGACAGCUUAAUGUGCCGCCUGGACGGUGGCUUACGGCGCCGUUUAAUCUCACUAGUCACAUGACUCUGUUUCUGGCUGAGGAUUCUGAGAUUCUUGGAGUUGAUUGAUUGGUGAUUGAGCUCAGGUGGAUAAUAAGUGCUAUGUUUGGCAUGCAAAUGAGUUAGACUGAGGUUUAAGUACUUGAGGUUACUCCAAGUUGUGAUAUUGGUGAUAGAUUCUAGCUUGAGGAUUUACAUUUCAAGACUUUAGUGUGAAUAUUGUUUACUGAAUGUGUCACUUUUGAUUAUCAGGACCUCGUUAUGGAAGCUUAAUCCAUGGUCAAAACCGGUUAGUGGUUCUUUUUUUAGACUUCAUGUUUGUGGAAUUAGGAUAAUGAGGACAGUGGUUGAUGAAUGUGAACGUGCAGGUCAUAAUGGGAAGUAAACUUGAUCUUCAGUACCGGCGAAAAGUGUAAGCUACUGUGAUUGUUUCUCCUUCCAGCGUCUGCAGAUUUUGUAAAAAUAAUGAGUUUUUUUUUUCUUUUUGUUUUUGUGUUCUAGCGCUGAAGCACUCGAUUCUUGUUGUUCUGUUUCUUGAUUCUCGUUCUUGUGCUUGCUUCUGAUUAUUGAUUCAUGUUGUUGUUUGUUUCAGGAUUGGACUCUCUUGCAACACACAAGUAUUGGGAGCAUCCGUGUCACGUACUCACGGAUUUCUUCUUAUUUCACCAAACGUUUCAUUAUCUUAACUGCGGGAUGGCAGAUCGAUUUGUGCAAAAUGUUAUAGUGAGUGAAGGCCAGUGCAAGCAGAAGAAUUGCCAUCAGGAAUGCAAGAAGAGCUGUCAUGUUUUCCAGACUGAGAGGAAAGUUUGCAUCCUGGUGACUCCUGCUUCCAAGACUACUUUCUUGCCAGAGGAGCUGUGUAUAGGAUUUGGUAUCUGCGUGAAGAGAUACCCUUUCGAAGCUGUUCAGAUAAUCAAACCAAAUCUAGGCAGGUUGGAUAAUCCUCAGAACUGGCAAAAAUAUUUGACUCACAUCCGCGGGUCAGAACUUGAAAGCUAUCUCACCCGAGUGGUAGAAGAAAAUCUAAAGCCCCAACAUGUCGACGAAAAUAAAAAAAUUGUGAAUAUGCUGGACGAGAGAGAAAUGCUGGUGCAGAUUUGUGCUGGUCUGGGGUUGGACCGUAGAGCAAAAGAAGUAUUUGGUGGAGAGCUGCAGUGGUUUGCGAUUGCCAUAGGUUUCAUAGAGAAGGCUGAAACUUAUAUGUUGGACGAUAGCCGUUUGUUGAAAUGUGGAGAAGUGACAACAAUGUCUGAUCUUCCAGAUGAUUUGGCAGAAGAGAUAUUGUCUAGGGUUCCGUUGACAUCCUUAAGUGCAGUGCGUUCCACUUGCAAAAAGUGGAAUGAUUUAUCCAAAAACCCCGUUGACAUCCUUAAGAUUAUAAGUGGUAGAAGAAAAUCUAAAGGUACGGUGUGUAAAGGUUCGAUGAAGUUUGAUCUCCAAGGAAUUGGAAACGAAGUAGACUUCGUUGAUCCAUCUAUAAAGGAAGUAAGUAUACUUGACCAAGUAGAAAUCACUCAGAUCUUUCACUGUGGAGGUUUAUUGCUAUUUGUCACCAAGGACAGGUCGAGACUUUUGGUGUGGAAUCCUUAUUUGGGGCAAACAAGGUGGAUCCAACCAACAAACACUUUCCGAAGUGAAGACAGAUAUGCUGUUGGAUAUGAUAAGAACCGUAACUACAAAAUCUUGAGGGUUUUUGGCAAGUAUGACACCAAAGGUGAAUUUGGAAGCGUCGACAAAUACCUGAUUUUUGGGUACGAAAUAUACGAUUUGAGCUCUAAUUCGUGGAAGGUCUUCAAUGUCAAGCUCGACAGGAAAAUACAUUAUUAUCAACGAGGCGUGUCCUUGAACGGACAUACCUUUUUUUUGGCUGAAGAGAGAUGGAGUAAAAGAAAUAAUAAAAUUGAUGAGAUAAUCUCAUUUGAUUUUACAACAGAGAGAUUUGGAGAGCACUUGCCUCUUCCAAUUAAAAAUCUAGGCAAAUUUGUGUCUCUAUCUUGUGUCAGAGAAGAGCAGCUUGCGCUAUUACAUCAAAGCAGCGUGAUUGAUCACACAUUGGAGAUUUGGGUCUCAAGUAAGAUUGAUCUAGGUGCAGUUUCGUGGAGCAAGUUCUUGAGAACCACCUCUUUCUGUCGGGUUGAUUUUCUAGCUGGGAGUUUCUUCAUUGACGAAGAGAAGAAAGUUGCUGUGGUUGUCGAUCUGGACAAUGGUGGACAAGCACGGACUGAGACCCGUUACAACCAAAGAGCUAACAUAAUUGGACAAGAUGAAUACUUCAAACCUGUGAAUGUUGGAAAGGCUCUGGAUCAUGGAAAACUCAACAAAUUUGGAUUUUUGAUCUCUGAUUUAUGUCGUCCACUUGUGUGCUCUUAUGUUCCAAGCUCAGUUCAACUGCAAGUGCAGCCGGGUAAUUGGAAAGAAGGCGAUGAUUAA